GCUGGGAUAACUUGUCGCUGUGCUCUUCCUUCUGGUCUCUCGUGCGCUCAGUCGGGUGGAGUCCGUAUUUCAGUUUCUGUCCUGCGGAGGAUUUAGAAAAUCUUAUUUUUGUAGUUUAUAGAGUUACAUAUCGAAAUACGAAAGUAGUCAAUUAGACAGUCGAAAUGACGACGACAAAAACCUUUCAAGGGAUGGAUCCCGCCGCGAAAAGCAGUUCCAGGGUGCUGCGGCCGCCGGGCGGGGCCUCCAACAUAUCGUUCGGCACAGACGAAGCCCCCCCUGUACGCAAGAACAAAAUGGCCUCCAACAUUUUCCUAGAGCCCGACGACCCCCACGCCCAUCGGAGGAGCAACCCACCUGGCGGGACGGCCAAGGGUACUCUGUGCGGAGAACCGUCCGCCCCCCUUAGACGGUGCCAGCAGCCGCUCCUCUUCCCCAAAAACAAUGAGACAGACGAGGUCAUCACCUCCAUCAACGUUCCUUUAGGGGUUGAGGAGUGCGAACAGGCAAACAAUGGUAAGUAUCUCUAGUUGCAUUUUGUCAGUAUUUUAAUAUAUGGUAUUUAUGUAGGUUAGAUAAAAUAAUUUUGUUUCCAGUGAUGAAUCUCAUUGAAGAGUCUUUGAGGAGACGCCACUUAAAAGAAGUCCCUAACAGACUCGAAGGAAAGAUUCCACAUUCCCCCUCUCCCUCGUUCUCUCAGAGCUAUCUGUAAACAGCAGUGCAUGACUCCCAUUAGAUACGAAUGGCCACAAUGAAUGGCCUCAUGGUCGACUGUGGCAGCUCCGAUAAUUCUGCCAUUUUUAAACGGGGUCAUGUCACCACUUUGUCUCUCCCUUUGUUUUCAACCAUGACAUUUGUCAUACCUGGGAAGUCUGUCCUGACCAUGUUGAUCUGACCAGGAGAAACUCUGGUGUCCUAGUUAUAAAACACAUGACUCAUAGAAGGCUUUUAUAUAGGGUUUUCAUUUUUACGGGCGCACCUUUGAGUCAUAACUCACAAUGUGAUUCUCUUUGAUCCAGUUUCAUAAUGUCUCUGUGGCCAGCCAUCUGUUUUGUAAUGAGAAUGCCGUUCCCAUGAAGAGCUAGGCUAUUUAUUAACUUCCAGGUGCUGCAAACGUUAGUAAUAGUGUGUUCUUGGGAUAAUGGAGGGUUAAGGCAUCACACAUCUCGGUGCAUUUAAAAAUCAAUGCUACAUCCGUUCCGCUGUUAUGGUCUUGUGUAAGCACUGUAGACGGGGGCUUGAAACGGUCUCUGGACUGGCAGCGGACCCUGGGAUGAUCUUGUCUGGCCCUUCCAAAUGGUUCACUGACUGACACAGUGGCCAGUGG